CCCAGAAACCGGGGUUCCGACAGACCUCGGCUCGGCGCAUUAGCUGAUCGGUGCAUCCUAUCCCGGUCGCCCACUCCUUAGCCAUUAACAUUCUGCCGCGGAGCGACACGGCCCGGGAAAAUCCACCAAUUCGACCACUUCGCGACUGUGGAGUCCCCGCAGCAACUGAGUUACGACAUGGUCAUAUUCCGCUAGUACCUGCAUUGUAAUUUGGAUCGGAGUAUAGCUCCGCAUUGGGGUGCCGUGAAGUUGCACAACAAAAUGGCGUUCACAGCCAGUCUUGAAUCGUUGCGCGAUCGCGACAAUGAAGCUCCUCAGUGGCAUUACAGCUUUGGCUGUCCUGGACUCGUUCGUGUCUUCUAGUGCAUCUGCGCAAGCAAAUACACCAAGUCAAUACCCGCUUCACGACAAUGGCCUGAACAAGGUAGUCCAAUGGGACCACUAUAGCUUCAAAGUCAACGGCCAGCGACUGUUUGUUUAUUCAGGCGAAUUGCAUUACUGGAGGAUUCCCGUGCCUGAAGUUUGGGAUGAUCUUCUAGAGAAGAUAAAAGCAGCGGGUUUCACAGCUUUUGCUUUCUACGGCAAUUGGGCCUGGCAUAGCGCUACUAACCAGACUCUGGACUUCGAAACCGGUGCUCACAAUUUCGAGCGACUACUCGAGACUGCGAAGCGUGUCGGCCUGUACGUUAUUGUCCGCCCCGGACCGUACGUUAAUGCUGAAGCCAAUGCGGGUGGUUUCCCGCUUUGGCUGACCACUGGAGCAUACGGAGAACUUCGCGACGACGAUCCCCGUUACACAGCUGCCUGGAAGCCAUACUUCUCCAAGUUCUCCGAAAUUACCAGCAAACACCUGGUCACGAACGGUGGGAAUGCCAUCGUGUACCAGAUCGAGAACGAAUACGGCGAACAAUGGGACAACGUCAAUACGAAAAUCCCGAAUGCUGCAGCCGGCCGUUAUAUGCAGUCGCUCGAAGACACUGCACGCGAGAAUGGAAUUGACGUGCCUCUCAUUGCGAACGAUCCCAACAUGAACACGAAGAGUUGGUCCGAGGACUUUGCUCCAAAUGCAACUGGAAAUGUUGACGUCGCAGGCCUAGACAGCUACCCAUCAUGCUGGAGCUGCAACUUGGAUGAAUGUACGGGGACCAACGGCAAAUACGUUCCAUACCAAGUGAUCAAUUACUACGACCACUUUCAGGAGGUCAGCCCGACGCAGCCAAGCUUCUUCCCCGAGUUCCAAGGAGGAUCUUACAAUCCUUGGGGUGGUCCCGAAGGUGGAUGCCCGGCUGAUAUCGGGGCAGACUUUGCCAAUUUGUUCUACCGCAAUUUGAUAUCUCAACGCGUCACAGCCAUUUCGCUCUAUAUGAUGUACGGAGGAACCAACUGGGGCGCUUUCGCGUGCCCCGUUGUUGCUACCAGCUACGACUACUCCAGCCCAAUAAGCGAGAACCGCAAAAUUGACAGCAAGUACUAUGAGACGAAGAGUCUCGCUUUGUUCACUCGGGUCGCCAAAGAUCUUACAGUGACCAACCGAGUGGCCAACAGCACUGCUUACUCUGAUAAUGCAGCGAUUGCGACUAGUGAGCUUCGCAACCCUAACACAAACGCUGCUUUCUACGUGACUAUCCACUCAACGUCGUCUUCAGGCACCCGGGAGGCGUUCAAGCUCAACGUCAACACAUCUAUUGGAGAAUUGACGAUUCCGCAGCACGCUGGAUCGAUCGUGCUAAAUGGGCAUCAGUCUAAAAUCAUCGUUACGGACUUCAGCAUCGGCAAGCAAAAGCUGACAUACUCUACUGCGGAGGUACUCACAUACGCGGUGAUUGACGGAAACCCCACCGUUGUUCUAUGGGUUCCUGCUGGAGAAUCAGCGGAGUUCCAUGUGAAAGGUGCGCGCAAGGGCUCGGUUGAGAGUGCGAGCGGGUCGAAGGCAAAAUUCUACACAGAUCGCCAGGGUGUCACCGCAAGCUUCAACGCAGUGAGCGGCAAGAGCGUUUUGCAGUUCGAUAACGAUGUCAAGGUCGUUGUCGUUGAUAGGCCGACCGCAUACCUCUUUUGGGCUCCUAACCUCUCUGAUGACCCGAUCGGGCCUGUCGACAAGUCUGUUCUCGUGCAGGGCCCGUAUCUGGUCCGAGAUGUGACCUCUGAUGGCAGCACACUUAAACUCACAGGUGACGAGUCCAACGCAACCGCGAUCGAAGUCUUCGCUUCGAAGCGUUACCAAUCAGUUACCUGGAACGGAAAGAAAGUCAAACUUUCGAAGACCUCGUAUGGCAGUCUCAAGGGAAGCGUUGGCGUUUCAAAGACCACCAUCAAGCUGCCGUCUUUGGCUUCCUGGAAAGUCCGCGACAGUCUUCCCGAGAAGCAGGCGAGCUACAACGAUUCCGGUCCAGCUUGGGUGGAUGCAGCCCACCAGACCACGCCGAAUCCUACCAAGCCUGUGACGCUUCCUGUGCUCUACGUCGAUGACUAUGGUUUCCACAACAGCUUCCACCUCUUCCGUGGCUACUUUGAUGGAUCUGCUACAGGUGUAAACCUUACCCUGCAGGGUGGUAUGGCUUUCGGCUUCUCUGCAUGGUUGAAUGGUGAACUCGUCGGCUCUUACAUCGGCAACUCCACGGUCGGUAAGACUAGUCUCGUCGUCUCCUUCGCCAACGGAACGCUCAACAAGAAUGGUGCCAACGUCCUCCUUGUGGCGCAAGACAACACUGGACACGACCUUCGCGGUGGCGCGACUGACCCGCGAGGCAUUCUUGGAGCAUCACUCCAAGGCGGUGCAUCCUUCAAAAAGUGGAAGAUCGCAGGUGAAGUCAAUGGCGAAAGACAACUGAUCGACCCUGUGCGCGGCCCACUGAGCGAAGGUGGUCUCACCGCUGAACGUCUAGGCUGGCACCUUCCUGGCUUCGACGACUCUGCUUGGAACUCCAGCUCACCUUCCACGGGCUUCUCAGGAGCGGGCAUCCACUUCUACCGCACUGUUGUCCCGCUCAAUGUACCCAAGGGUGUAGACGCCGCGUUCUCGUUUGUCUUAAACGCUCCGGCAUCGAAGGCUAUCCGUGUGCAGCUUUUCGUCAAUGGUUACCAGUACGGUCGAUUCAAUCCAUCCGUCGGGAACGAAGUGCGCUUCCCGGUGCCGCCAGGUAUACUUAAUUAUUCGGGUGAUAAUACUAUCGGCGUUAGUGUUUGGGCACAGACAGAGGAGGGUGGAAAGUUGGAUGUGAAGCUCGAGCAAGACUAUGUCUUGGAGAGCAGCUGGAGCCCGAGGUUUGAUGGAGACUAUCUGCGACCCGGGUGGACAGAGGAGCGGUUGAAGUACGCUUAGAUGGCUCGAUCUGCCAAGAACAUGAUAAUAU